AUCCUUGCCAGAUUUUCCAGUUGUGCGUUGCUUGCUGUUAAAUGAAGGACGAAGAUGCCCUUGCAGAUUUCCUAGCUCAUAAAAAGCGUCUAACAGAUAUAUUUUUCCCUAAUUCGAGAUCAGCUAUUAUUUCUCAUGAUACGAGUGCUUACAAUGAAUUUUGGAAAUUUUUGCUGAGAUUGCAGAAAAUUAUCAGAAAAAGUUUUUCUGAAGGUCUUGAUGGGUGUAUUUUGAGUAAGAAGUUGAAGUUGAACAUUCAGACGAGCAAUUAUCGUCUAGAGGACUACAUUAGACAUAGCAAUGUUUCAAGUUCUCGCAGAUCUCUUACUCGUUCAGAGCUUGAUUGCUUUCAUCUCAUAUAUGACAUGUACCUCGAUUUUCUUCUGAAACGCAAGUUCGCUCGAAUUGUGAAACUUAGAAUAGAUCAAAGUGUUCUACCAAUCGCUAACUUUAGAACAGAAUUAUUAUCUACACUAUCUAAACACCAAGUUGUGAUAGUUGCUGGUGAUACUGGUUGUGGAAAGUCAACACAAGUACCACAGUACCUAUAUUAUGGUGAAUCAAACUCAAAUGAUACACCUGGACCUAACUCCUAUCAAAAUAUUGCUGUUACUCAACCUCGUCGCAUCGCGUGUAUUAGUUUGGCCGCACGUGUAAGUACUGAGAUGUUGAAUGAAAGAGGCUCCAAAGUUGGAUAUCAAGUCCGUUUUGAACGAAGUCGAACUAAGGCUACACGAAUUCUUUUUCUCACAGAAGGUUUAUUGUUACGUCAAAUGCAGAUGGAUCCAUUUCUGAGCGACUAUGAUGUCAUCGUUCUUGAUGAAGUACAUGAACGUCACUGGCAAACUGAUUGUUUAUUAGGACUUGUUAAAUGUCUUAUAGUUGUCCGUCCAAAACUUCGUGUAGUUCUGAUGUCAGCUACCAUAAAUGUGAACACAUUUGCCAAAUUUUUUAAUGAUUGCCCAAUUAUACAGGUGCCUGGACGUCUUUACCCCAUCGAUUUGCACUACAUUCCACUCAGUCCAGUUGAAAUUGCCAACACAACUGACAGAAUUGAUCCUGCGCCGUAUAUUCGUUUACUAAGACGAAUAGACGUAACAUAUCCCGCUACUGAACGAGGCGAUCUUUUGAUAUUUUUAUCUGGAAUGGCUGAUAUUCAAGCAAUAAUGGAACCAGCUAAAGCAUAUGCUGAAGAAACAAAACGAUGGAUUAUUUUACCAUUGCACAGUGCAUUAUCUGCAUCAGAUCAAGAGAAAGUUUUUCAUGUUGCUCCAGACUGUGUACGUAAAUGUAUUUUAUCAACAAAUAUCGCCGAAACCUCUCUAACUAUAGAUGGAAUAAGAUUUGUAGCUGAUUCCGGCAAAGUCAAAGAAUUGAGUUGGGAUUCUAAAGCACGAAUGCGUUGCUUAAAAGAAUUUUCAAUAUCUAAAGCAAGUGCUAAUCAACGUAAAGGUCGUGCUGGUCGUACAGGUCCUGGUGUUUGUUAUCGUUUCUAUACUCAAGAGGAUUAUGAUAAUUUUGAGGCAUUUAGUACCCCGGAAAUUCGUCGUGUUCCUUUAGAAACACUUGUUUUACAAAUGAUGGUCAUGGGUUUACCAGAUAUAAAAAAAUUCCCUUUCAUUGACCCACCUGAAACGAAAUGCAUUGAUGAAGCACUUGAUAUAUUAAAGUCACAUGGUGCAAUUAUUCCACAGAAUAACUUGUUAACGGUUACGCCACUUGGCCAAUUAUUAUCUGAUAUACCAGUUGAAUUUUCAAUAGGUCGUAUGUUAAUUAUGGCAUCAUUAUUAAGAUUAAUUAAUCCCGUAUUAAGUUUAGCUGCUGGUAUGGCUAUUCAGUGUCCAUUAUUACCGUAUACAGCUUUCAGUGGAGCAGAACAAACGCGUCGAAUCGAAUCACUAGCUGAAUAUGAAAGUGAUCAUGGAGAUGCGUUUACAUUGGUUAAUGUUUUUGAUGAAUGGAUUAAGAUGAAAUCGGAGGCGACUGGUAUUAUUAAACAAGACCAUGAAUUAGACGAAUUUGAUGAUAAUAAUAAUAAUAAUGACAAGGGAUGUAAAAACAUUCAACGAUGGUGUCGUCGUAUUGGAGCACAACAGCAACGUCUCCAUGAAAUGGUCCGAUUACGUAGUCAGUUCGCACAGUUGUUAAAAGACAGUGGUCUUCUUGAUAGUAAAUCCACAGAAUUUGAUGAAAACCCAUCCAAAACACAACACUUUAAAAAUUUAAAUUAUGCAAGACGUAGUGCACGAAUGAAAUCUAAACGACGCCGACUUCUCACUUUACAAGAUAAUUUGAGUGAUAACUCGGAAUCUGAAAAAGAAGAUCAUCAUAUGGAAAGUGAUUCAUCUAAAUUACGUAAAUGGUUAAAUGCAUCGAGCCGUUGUUCAUCAGUCAAUUCAUCAAAUGUACCUGUACAAGAUUUAGAACUAGUAUUAUGUUACAAUCUAUCAUCUUUAGCGCAAUCAGCUAAUAUUCAACAAAACAUGACACAAGCUGAUCUUCAACUAUUAAAAGUUGUAUUAGCUGGUGGUAUGUAUCCUCAGUUAGCUAUUGGUGAUCCAGCCAACGCUUAUCGUGUUGCUAAUCGUGGUGGUACAGCUGGAGCUGGUGCUGAAAUGGUAUUUCAUACUAAGAAUAAAGGUUUUGUUACACUUCAUCCAAAUGAUGUAUUUGUUAGAAAACCAGAUGUUUUAUUUCCUGAGCGUACUUCAAAAAAACGGAAUAAUAAUCGUCCGAACCUGUCAAAGAUACAAAAUUCACAAACAUCAUUACCAAAUAAAAAUUUGAAACAAAAAAGAGAUGAUGAUUUCGAUGAUGAACAAACAGAAGAAGAAAGUAUUCUUGAUGUUUUACCGUCUGGCUUUGCAUACGAUCAUCAAUUACUUAUGUAUCUGGAUUUAAUGGAAACAACUAAACCUUUUCUGGUAAAUACAAUACGGGUUCCAGCAUUACCGACUUUGUUAUUAUACUGUCGGGAAGUGGAUACAAAUGCUGACAUUUCAAGGUUUGUAACGAGUGUAAACAUUUUCAAAUCUUAUUGUCAUUAUUAGUAACACUAAAAUGAUGGAGAUUUGCACUUUGACUGUAUACUUUUGGUGUUGUUAAAUUAUCUAAGCUAGACGAUUCGAUUAUGAAAAUUUAAUUUUUAGUCUCAACAACAUCUACUUUACGUACUUAUCCUACAAGUGUUAAGUUAGUUUAUUCUGGUGGCGUUGUUUGUAGUUGGUUGGUCUCAUUGUUCCUUGUAUUCAGUUUGACUGUCUUGUUCGGUCGACUUCUGACCAUACGAUUGGUUGGCCUUUUUCAUAUGGGUAUUGAUAUUAUUAAUAAUUCCUAAUGAUUGUAAGCAGUUAUAUAUAUGUUAUUACUCUUGCAAUCUGCUACUCAGACUAGUGGUCAUAUUGCAACUCAAUAGGUCAAAUUCGAAUGCAGCUGGGGGACUAGAUAAACGUGUCGUUGGUACUACAUAGUGAUUGAUCAGUAUGAAUGCUUAAGUCCUUCAGACCAAUGGCAGCUCGAAUAGUUUAGUGAUAGUAUUCCUGUCUGCGAUACUGUGUGACAGGUUUUUCCUGAAUCCCACAGGUAUCAUCAUUUCUGUCGAAAUCGCGUAUACUACUAAUUAUCUCCUGAUAUAGUGAGUGAAUCAGAAGUAGCCUAAUGAGAAGGUCAGUCGAUGACAAUGAGAAGUGACCCGAAGGACAAGUGCAUUUCAUUGGCUAAGAAGUGGAUCAGUUUCUUAAGGAUUGAAGUGGUAUAUACAUAAAUGAGUAUUUGUGCAUUUUAUUCGGUAGCCCAAUACGCUUUCUCACUUAUGCAGUCAGUUGUAUCAGUAUCACAUUUUUGAUACUGCCCGCCACAACACCUCCAACCACCUAACAUCAGUUCAUUGAUUUAUCUGGAGUGUAUGGAGGUGAUAUAUCCCGUCUGAAAUACGAUUCAAAGUAAUUUAUUUUCUUACUGGGCAUCAAUAUAUAGACCUACAAGAAUGUUUUAAACAAUGUGAAUGAAGAUGUAUUUUAUUUAUUUAUUCAAACACAAGCAGUGGUACAAAGGGACACCGAAUACAUAUGCGUCACACAAGUCACUUGAUUUAUGUGUGGUCUAUGAUACUGCCCGGGUGCCCAAACCGAAGCACGUGGUUUUCUUAAGGGGCCACAUCCUGAGCCUUUGACCUAAAGGUCUGGUCCAAAAGGCAGUGGAGCAAUGUGAGGAGAUGCAGUCCCAUGGCAGCCAGUGACCAACAAUAGGUUCAUAUGCCAUUUGUUCGUUCAGGAUACUGUAGCUUAUGUGCAUCAUUUGUUUGGAAUCAUGGUUUUCCAAGUCCCUUAGGUGGACUGUCCGUGUUCACCAACCCAGUUAAAGCGCCUGACAGUCUCUUUUUUCCUCUCAAUUUCGUAAACAACACCUCCGCUGUGAGAAGUCAGUGAGUAGGACUUCUUAGACAGUGGCUGUAUACGCGUGUCCAUUUCCCGAGAGAGCAUUUCGAGAAGGAGAGCUGAUUCUUCUUAACUUCGACCAUACCAGGGCAUUUGGUAUCGAAUGAAGAUGAGAUAAGUUUGUUGCACAAAUUGAAAGUAUUUUGAAGGGAACAGAAAUGACUAAUCCCAAGUUUUAUAAAAUAAUAUUUUUAUGACUUUAGUUUAUGUAUUCAUUGGAGAGACUGAAUGCAUUCCAAAUCUAUGUCUUAAUAUCGCAAACUAACUGUUUCAACUGCACUUAUUGGUUGAAAAUUGUAUUAAACAUUUACUUAUAGUUAUAUACUGGAUUACAAUCAGUUACAGUUCAAAAGAGGCUGCUUGUAAUUUACGCUAAUACUGUCCACUCGUGUAUUUCUCUAUAGUUGAUAUCACCGUAAGCUUGAAAACUUGGCUCACGUUUAACUUCUAUUUCUAAAUCAUUAUUGACCUAUCGGCUGUGAACUCUAUGGUUUUCGAGUUAGUGAACUUAGAUAUGUGACUUAGUGGUCGUCGAAUCACGUUCUAAAUUUUAAGUAUUGUCUUGUGUAAUAUGAAAGUAAUUCAACCUUAGAAACUUAAAAUCUGUUCAUAAACCUUCAAAAAUCUAUAAAAUGAAAAACUAUCACAUACAUUGAAGUUUCAUAGCUUUUUCGGAUACAGAUUUUUGGAUUUAAUUGUCUGUGUACUCAUUAACCAAUAAAGGGGCAUAACACUUUCCGUUUCUCUCAAUGUCGGUGGUGCUGUAAUGUAGUUUUACCUAAGUUCAUAGAUGGGGAAGCUAUAAACUGUAGAAACAACCAACUAGAAUUUAAUUUCAACUACCCAAAAGGAAAAUAAUUUUUGAUCACAACUUAUCUAGUAACGAAAAUUAUAGGCGGUCAGAUUAUUUCUCUCUAAUUAAUCACUCAUAGUGUAUACUACAAAUUGUUUACGUUAUGAGUUAAAUAACAUGUGUAUGGAAGUGUAUAUAUUCAGGACAAAGGUGUUUUCAUACUAGUAUAAUACAUACUAAUGCAAUACUAUUUGAUCGGUAAGGAAUUGUAAUAAAAGUAUUUUUGUCAUUUUCAUACGUACACAUGAGAACGUUUAAUUCAGUAACAUUUACCCCAGUUACUAUCCCUUAUUUAUGUACCAAUCAAAUAAUAUUAACGAUAAAUGAGAUAUCACUUCAUGUAACUAAUGUUUUUGGGUGAUUGUUUGUUUAUUAUCCAGUCUUAAAGAAAAACAAAAAAUAAUCAUGUGAACAAACGUUGUUUAUCAAUCAUAUCC